AUGACCGACGUAGAGAAGGUCGAGCACGGCCAUCAUCCCCACAACAACGGCGCCGAUAAUGGCGUCCUCAACAACGGCGCCGCGGCCGAAGAGCAGCAGGUGCCGCCGCAUGCUAACAUGACCGUCGGGCAGUACCUCGGCACCCGACUGAGCUCCCUCAAGCCGCCCAUGAACAAGACGCCCAACCCGUUCAAGCUGCUGGGGAUGCUCAAUCGCAUGCAGUGGGCCUUUUUCGGCGUCGCAUUCUUUGCCUGGACCUGGGACGCCUUCGAUUUUUUCACCGUGUCUCUCACCGUUUCCAGUUUGGCCAAGCAGUUCGGCAAGACAAACACUGACAUUACCUGGGGCAUCACCCUCGUGCUCAUGUUCCGCUCCGUCGGCUCGAUCCUCUUUGGUAUCGCGGCCGAUCGGUACGGCCGCAAGUGGCCGUUCAUCCUGAACAACGUCCUGUUCAUCAUUCUGGAGCUGAAAUACUACGCCAACUGGGUUUCGAUCAUGAGGUGGUUUGAUGGCUUGGCAUUCAACGCCAAUGACGUUGGUGGUGCUCUUCUCUCCGCGCAAUUUCUGGCCUGCCGGGCGCUGUUCGGCGUGGCCAUGGGCGGUCUGUACGGCAAUGCUGCCGCUACUGCCCUUGAGGAUCUCCCGUCGGAGGCCCGUGGUUUGAUGAGCGGUAUCCUGCAACAAGGUUAUGCCUUCGGCUACCUCCUCGCCACCGCCUUCGCCCGCGGCCUCGUCAACACCACCUCGCACGGCUGGCGCCCGCUCUUCUGGUUCGGCGCCUGCCCACCAGUCCUCAUCAUCCUCUGGCGUCUGAUGCUGCCCGAGACCAAGAUCUACAAGCAGCACGCGUCGGUGCGCCGCACCGCCAAGACCAGCGGGCCCAGCGUGUCCAAGGUCUUCCUGCGCGAGGGCAAGGUCGCGCUGCGCCGCCACUGGCUCCUGCUCACCUACCUCGUCCUGCUCAUGGCCGGCUUCAACUUUGCCUCGCAUGGCUCCCAGGACCUCUACCCGACCAUGCUCGAGAACCAGUUCGAGUUCUCGCCCAACCGCGUCACCGUCACCCAGGUCUGUGCCAACCUGGGCGCCAUGCUCGGCGGCACGGUCGUCGGCUUCUGCAGCCAGAUCUUUGGCCGGCGCCUGAGCAUCAUGGUCAUGUGCGUCAUCGGCGGCGCCCUCCUGUACCCGUACACCUUCACCUCGAGCAACGCCGUCAUCGCCGCCGCCUUCUUCGAGCAGUUCUGCGUCCAGGGCGCGUGGGGCGUCAUCCCCAUCCACCUCAUGGAGCUGUCUCCCGGCGCCUUCCGCACCUUUGUCGUCGGCACCUCGUACCAGCUCGGCAACCUCGUGUCGUCGGCCUCGUCGACCAUCGAGUCCACCAUCGGCGACCGCUUCCCGCUGCCCCCGACGGCGUCGGGCACCAAGCGCUACGAGUACGGCAAGGUCAUCUGCAUCUUUAUGGGCUGCGUGUACGCCUACGUCCUGCUCCUGACCUUUAUCGGGCCCGAGUUCCUCGGCCGCAAGUUUGACGUCGCCCACGACGCCGACGUGCGCGAGGUGGCCGACGAGGAGACGAUCCACGAUGCCAUCCGGCGCCGCGAGCGGCUGGGCAUGGGCAUGAGCGACGAGGAUCUCGAGGACGAGGCGGCCUUCCGUCGCGAGGAGGAGCUCGAGGCGGAGAGGGAGCUGCAGAGGCAGGCACAGAAGGAAAAGGCCGCUGCUGCGCGACCGCAACACUGA